ACAUAAAAAAUAAAGAUCGAAAAAUAGUGUGUGUGGUGCAAAGAUUAGGACGAGAAAGAAAAGCAAAAAAGUGACGAUCGCUCGCUCGUUCGGGGUGCGAGUGUAGGAAUAAGAAAUCCUCAGGAUAUUGCACUACGUUUCCGCUUGCCGUGAAAUUGAAAAGUACGUGAAAAAAUCCACUACGGGAUCCGUUCGGUUUCGCGACACCGUUUUUCCGCAGCUUCGAUUAUCGCCUAUCGCAGUGUGUACGCCAUCGACGGCGACGGUCGGAACGGGACGUGAAGGGGAUUGUCCGAUCUUCGCUUAAAUGGAGCAUUACCUUACCUACUGACUGCUGCUGGCAAGAAGGAAGAAAGAAACUAGUGGAAAGACGAGAAGAAGAGAGUUUCCACUGGCUGGUUCUUCUGCGGCUGCUGCUGUUACUAGCGUAGUUGGGGUUGGAGAGUGGGCCUUCGCCACCAACACCACCACCACACGCAGGCAGGGCAACAUAACUACAUAGCGCCUUGCGUGUGACAGAGUCUACUUCUGCUGUGUCAAAACAGGCGUAAUAAAGAAGAACAACAUUACUUUUGGUUGACGAUAGCCCGCGAAGAAAUUCGGAACUCCCCACUCGACGGGAGUGACUGAUGACGGAGGCUACCGCGGAAAGACAGUAGUGGAAAAUGUCCGGCCAGAGUUCCAUCAGCAAUCGGAUCAGCUUGAUAGAGGCCCAGCUUCAGGUGCAGCAGCCGCCCCCGUCCCAGGGCCAGGGGCCGAGGACACCUCCGACGCCGCUAACGCUCAACUUCGACCGCACCAGACGGGGCGGUAGCGGCGGGAUGGGCGGCCGUGGACGCCCCAAUCUAGAUCUGGAUCUACCUCUCAGGACCCAGUCCGGCAGCCGAAGGAACGAAGCGGAGCUGAUGAAGAUCAUCGACAAGAGCGGCAUGAUCAAAAUCAACGGUCAGGUGUUCAAAACGACGCUAACCGAUAUGCAGGAUCUGGGCGAGCUGGGUAGCGGAACCAGCGGACACGUGGUCAAGAUGCGCCACAAGCCGAGCGGGGCGAUCAUUGCCGUUAAGCAAAUGCGUCGCACCGGAAUCGAGGAGGAAAACAAACGAAUCAUCAUGGAUCUGGAUGUGGUGCUCAAGUCGGAAAAGUGCCGCUACAUCGUCAAGUGCUUGGGCUGCUUCAUCACCGAUGCGGACGUGUGGAUCUGCAUGGAACUGAUGACGACCUGUUUCGAUAAGCUGCAGAAAAAGUCCAAAAAGCCCGUUCCCGAGCGAAUACUGGGCAAGGUGACGGUGGCCACGGUCAAUGCACUGGCCUACCUAAAGGACCGCCACAACGUCAUCCAUCGGGAUGUGAAACCGUCGAACAUACUGAUCGACGACCGAGGGAAUAUCAAGCUGUGCGAUUUCGGCAUCAGCGGUCGGUUGGUGGACUCGAAUGCCCGGACCCGGGCGGCUGGUUGCGCGGCUUAUAUGGCGCCCGAACGAAUCGACCCGGCCAACCAGUCGUACGAUAUCCGAGCGGAUGUGUGGUCCUUGGGUAUAACGCUGGUCGAGCUGGCCACUGCCGUUUUUCCCUACCGCAAUUGUAAUACCGACUUUGAGGUUCUCACCAAAGUGCUCACAUCCAGCCCGCCCAGUUUGCCCGAUGACCAGGAAUUUAGUUCGAACUUCCGAGACUUUGUCAAGCUCUGCCUGCAGAAGGACUACGAAGCCCGACCUAAGUAUCCGGACCUGCUGAAGCAUCCGUUUCUGCAGCGGGCCGAACUGGAAUCCGUCGACGUUGCCGGCUGGUUCCGGGACGUGGCUCUCAGCAGUGGUAUCCAGCUGAGUAACCCGCAGCUGGUUGCCUCCACUAGUGGUGUUGUAUCCUCGAAUGCGAUUGCCUCCGCCAGUUCGCCGACCUCCGUCAGCAUCCAGAGGCCUUUAUCGUCGGCGUCGGAUCAGAAUAGAGUCCCGACCCCCUACGAAAGUCUGACGGAAGCGGUUCAGGCACAGUCCAACCAGCAAAAGCAAUCAGCAAUAGCUUCGUCAAUACCGAUCAAGUCUAGCAAUUUGUCGAACCAUAAUAAACCAACCUUCGAGCAACAGCACCAGAACAAUAUCGAUGCCCAGCAGCAAACUCUGCAGGUGAAACUUAGCAGCAUCAGCUUAGCACCGUCACAAGCUACCUCGUCUUCCACUACAACCUUCGAUAUGCGAUCUCCCUCGCCCGCACAACCGCAGCAAAUGCAAACACCUCAGGCACAUUAUCUUAAAUUGCAACCAAAAAGUGCGAUAUUUAGUAAUAGUAACAGCAGCAGCAGCAGUAGUAACAACAUUAGCAACACCGGUCCGGAAGUGAAUCGAAAGUACAAACAUUCGCCAUUUUUACCGCGAAGGGCAGUAGCAGCAGCAGCAGCAGCAACAGAUCCGAAUUCCAAUUUGGCCGAUAGUCCACUGCACGCCGCCUACGGAAGUCCCAAGAAGGAAUCGACCCUGAGCAGUUUGGGCCAGAGUAUAUUCAAAAAUCUGACCACGUCUCCGUUUUCGCAUCGCAAGUCCGAACAGAAAUCGUUUAAGCCACCCCUGCCGGGUGAGGAUGGCGGAGGAGGUGGAGUAUCAAUGUUAAACGGCAACAGACCCGGUUUCAGCAACCCUUCGUCACCGCUUCUUCUCAAUCGGAAGAUGAUCGACCUGCACGACGAACAGCAGUACAAGCAGCUGCAAGGAAACACUAGUCCCAUAGUUCUUCAACGGUUCUACCACCAGCAGAACCAGCUGAGAGAAAGCAAACAGCAUCAACUGGAGCAACACCUGUCGACAAACCCAUUCUAUCAGCCUCAGCAGCAGCAUCAGCAGCAUCAUCAACAGCAGCAGCAUCAUCAACAGCAGCAGCAGCAGCAACAAUACUCGAGCGGUAUCCCGAUCAAGUACAGUCCGCUGCCAUCGCACCGGACCGUGCAUCAUCCGACGAAUCCGGCGGCGUUCACCACUGGUGGGCCUACCUACAUGGGCUAUCCGCAGAUGAUGCCACCGGAGGCAAGCAAUAUACCAACCUACCAGUACCAACAGCUCAAUCCCACUAGCAGUCCUAGUAAGCCGAAAACGGGUGGCUUCUUCAACACUUUUAGUCGAUCAAAGAGCCAAAACAAUGGCAGCGGUUCUAGUCAACGGAGUAACGCGGGUAGCAGUGGUGGUGGCACUGGUAGCGAUGGCGGUUUUCCGGAGGGUGGGUUCUACCAGAAUCAUCAACUGUACGGACGGCAAACGUUACCGGAAUAUGGCAGCGCAGGUUUCGCUAUGCCAAGCGGUAUGAGCAACGGCGAUAACAUGUUGAAGGAUGAUACAGCAGGGUGGUUCAAUUCAAUUGCAGAUCUCGCCAAGCGACGGUUUGCCUCAUUCGUGAAAGUCAAUUUGGCCUCCACCGGUGAGAAACGACCGAAGGAUAAACAUCUGCAGAAUCAAAUGCUACAACAGCAGCAACAACAUCAGCAAUAUCCAUUCACCGGUGGAAACGGUUCUGUGAUGUCCUCGAUGAACAACUUCAACCACACCAGCACCAAUCCCUUCGUUGGGCCUCCGAGUGGCAUCCCCUCGGCGAUACCGCCGUCAGCAGCGGCCCAUGUCCUAAGCAACGAUCGACGGCACCGGAGCCCCGAUCCUCCUCCUAGGUAUAACCGGGGACAGUCGCCCCUGUUGCUUCAUCGGAAGUUGGAAAAGCUAGGUCAAAGCGGGUCGCCCCUUCUCAAUCAACGUUUCACUUCGGCGUCUCCGUCGCCGCCGCUGCCGCCCCGCCGGGGUUCGGAAAGUGUUCCCGGUUCACCGCAGCACAUUCGCACUCGCAUCCACUACACCCCGGAGCCACACAGGCGGCCAUACCGAACGAUAGACCAAUGAGUGGGACUGCAAAUUCUGGUCAUGUGAUCGAUGUAUAGCUUUCUGGAUUGAACUCUCUUACGGAAUCGCCGUCACCUUCGUCGCCGUGUCGCCUACCGUUGCCAAAAUUGCCAACCGGUGCUGCUGGGUACCUAAGUUGGUGGGAGUUGUUGCGUCGCCACUUUCGGAAGCAGGGAUGUAUCCUUCUUCGACGUUAAACAGUUUUACGCUUUCUAUGGUUGUGGCGUGACUUAUUAAUUGUGUUUCCUGCGGACUGUGCAUAGUAGGUGUAGUUACGCCAAUAGGCAGUGUACCUACAGCGUACGGUCAGAGUGCUUUCGUCUUACAGCAUGAAAAGACACAUUAAAAACGAAAACGAAACAAAAAUACGAAUUUCGCUUUAUUUGGUUAAGAACGACGAGCAUUUCGCUGGCAAAAUUGAUUAAAUUAAGAGCUCGAUCUUCGACGUGUACGGUGAAACUGAAGGAUUUCUUUUGACAUUUUCUGACAUCAUUGAGGAUGGACGGUUUGAUUGAAAUUGGUUUUCAAUGAUUGUUUGAUGGACAAGAAGAUAUGACGCUUUGGGUCGAAAUUGUUGAAUAAUUCGCUCUAACAUCUCAAAUCAAUACAUUUUAUUAUUUAAAAAAAAAAUCGAAUGUACCUAGCUCCAAAUGAAUAUUUAAAUUUAUUCUAGUUUCUAGUGAUCACGGCAAAUAUUGAUUUCAGAGAAGAGAGUGAAAUAUGACAAACAUUUCGCCUCCCAGCGGUUCUUACUUAUAACUAAAUCCAUUUUUUUCUUUUUCAUACAACUACUUGUGCUUGAACAGUUUCUUUUCCUUAGCAAACUGCAAUAGUUUUGUUUUGCAAUAAUAUUUGAAUUAGGCUAUACACAAAGAUCACCCUUAGCUGCUCAUGACGCGUUACUGACGAAAAUGCUUGUAAAUUGACUGAUUAUGCCGUAAAUUUGGGAGAACCAAAAGCAAACAGAAAAGCAUUUUGGUUUUUCUUAUAAUUGUGAUUCGACGUGCCCACGCUUUCGUCUGAUAUUUCCCCCUAUCUAUUCUUAAAUUUAGAGAGAAAAGUACAUAAUAUGUAAGCAUAGUCGUUGCCCAACACCACAGGUGAUGUUUAUUUGUUGCUUUUCAAUAAAGAACGACGCAGACUGCUUUGCGGAUGUGAACUCCAAAAAACAAAAUAAAAACCGAUACCUAAACACUUAACCAAUUGAUUUGUGCUUUUCAAUUAUUCUAUGUGUUGUGAAUUUGAAGAUGGUAUUUUUGGAAUAUAACGUUCGCAUAUGACAACUCUAUUUAUAGCGUACUAAAAAGCUCUAUUUAUGCAACAUAUUAUCGAAAUAGACUGGAUCAUAAAUAGCAACUCCCACGCCCUACCACGAGAACCUCGUAGAUCAGUAUACGGUACCUAACCUAAAAUUCCUCCCACGAACUUUGAUCGUUCUGCCGGGUUUGCUUGGGUUCCCAUUCGUUGCUAUCGCUCUUACUAUUUGAAGGAAGCGUAACAGCAAGAGGUGAGCUCGAAGUCGUAAUCGAACCCGAACGAAUUUUUUGCACACACACCUUUUACCUAUUCCCUGUUUCGCACACUCAAACACAGGCAACCGUAACUGCUUAAAUAGGCAUCCCCUCCCCCCAGAAAGAAAAGACUUGUGAUUCACAAAACCAGCAUAGUAAACAAAUAUGUUAAAUUACGAUAAACAGAAACAUACGCUAGCAAUUGCUAUUACAGUACACUCAGCAUACCAACAAGAAAAGGUUUUUGUACAUAAAUUAUCUAAUUACUUCUACCUAUAAAGAGUUCUUUGAAUAAGAGAGAAAACAAAAGAAUAAACAGACACAAAACCGACAAAACAAGCUUAGGU